UCCAAAACCUCCAGGAUAUUUUUAUUCCUCCUUGUAAUGACAGUUGGUUUUGUGGUUUUGAUUCUAUCCCAGGAAUAUUUAUCAAAAAGUUGGACAAUUUUCUCUGGAAAACAUGAACUCAGAUGGGAAACCUUUCCGUUUGAUAUUAACCUCUGGGGACAGGAAGAAAAAACAGCUGUGCCACCUUCUGUGUCUACCACAGCUGUGGCUGAGACUCCAAUACCUCUCCUCUACAGAGGAAAUUUCACAAAGCUUCCUCAGUGGGAUUUUGAUGAUGUCUAUAACCAGGAUGCCCCACCUAGACCAACAACAUGUGCCCCAUCACUGCGAAACUCUCAGGAUGAGAACUUCAAGAAGGCUUUUCUUCCCAACAUACGUUUGUUUCUGCACAAGGACAACAUUAACAUGAGCGAGUGGAAUCGCCUUUCACAUUUUAACAAUCCUUUUGGGUUCAUGCAGUUCAAAUAUGAUGAAGUGAUGGCUUCAGUGAAGCUGAUUCCAAAGCCAAAAGAGCCACUGCUCCUCCCAAAACCAGGUAGUGAUGGCUGUGUUCACUGUGCUGUGGUGGGUACUGCAGGAAUUCUGAACGGCUCAAAAGUGGGUGCAGAGAUCGACGCUCAUGAUUACGUUUUUCGGAUGAACGGUGCCGUUACCAAAGGUUAUGAGGAAGAUGUAGGAAAUAGAACAUCAGUGUACGUUCAUACACAGCACUCCAUCACUGCAUCACCUUAUAUUUUUGGGAAGUAUGGAUACAAAUCUGCACCUCAUGAUGAGGGAAUAAAAUAUGUGCUGAUUCCUGAGGCAAUGAGAGAUUUCCAAUGGCUCGAGGGUCUUUUCAAAGGAAACGAGAGCUUUAGUGGCCCACACCACAAGAAAUGGCCAGGGACCUACUAUUCAGGGCAGUACAAUGAGAGCCGAUUCUACGUUCUCCACCAGGACUUCCUCCGAUACGUGAGGAACAGGUUCCUAAAGUCACCUAAUCUGAAUAAAAGAUUCUGGGCAAUAGUCAGACCAACCAAUGGAGCAUUCGCUCUCUUCCUGGCUUUGCAUACUUGUGACACAGUGGAUGCAUAUGGAUUCAUGACUGAUGAGUACAUGAAAUACUCCAACUACUAUGUUCAGAAGUACAUUAAAACUAGAGUAAUUUUCUAUGCCAACCAUGACUACAAUUUGGAGAAGAAUACAUGGAAAGACCUUCACAACAGAAAAAUAAUAAAGCUGUAUCAAAGAACGGAGCCAGAAUCAGGGACUGAAAAGCCAAAGUAACACUGAGUCCACCCGUAAGGAUAAAACCUACACCACUGAUGAUAUUCAAGAGCCAUGUCAGCAAGCACAGCAAGAAGGUCCUUUGUUCACAUCCACCACAUAACUGGAGGCUUUCUUUGUGGAGUUUGCCUGUUCUCUCUGUGUCUGUGUGGGUUCUCUCCGGGUAAUUCAGCUUCCAUUGAUUGUCCAUUAAAACAUGCACUUAGUGGGGUUAGGUUAAUUGGUGAUGGUAUAUUGGCCAUAGGUGUGAAUGUGAGUGUCAAUGGUUUCGUGUCUCUCUCUGCAAUAAACUGGUGAGCUAUCCAAGGUCUGCCCCGCCUCUUGCCCUGUGACUGCUUACUUGUGUGUCUUGUCUCUGUGUUUUUUUUAACCUUUCUGUGUCCUCAUUUUUGCCCCCACAUCUAUCGUGUCUUUCAUUGUCUUGUCUGUGUCCCAAUUCUGUCAAGUUACUCUUUUUUAGUCCUGGUCUCAGUGUUAGUCACCUCCUGUUUUGUUUUGAUAUUCUCUAGUUUUACAAGCUCCUUCUAGUUCUCAUCUAUAUAGGUUCCCCCAGUUCUACAAGCUUCAUUCUCGUUUAUGUGCUCCACCCUCCCUCCCUCUUUCAAUUCUUUAACUUCUUUAGUACAUGGGGAUCUGGCAGGGCCAGGAGCUGCCUCCAGUCCCCUUCAAGGCUUUCCCCAAACCACAGCUCAAUUCAUGUCCAAGUCAUUCACCUUUGCUGUCAAACUUAAAAUGAGGACGUGGGCCCAGCUAGUGAAGUGUGUUAUGUUCGGUUUUGCUUCUUCUUGUCUAGUUAUUCAAAUUCUAUUCAGCUGUGUUCCCUGGUGUUUCUCAUCUCCCUAGCUUCCUGGUCUGUAUGCCUUGUCCUUUCUUCUUUAUUGUGUUUACCUUUAACCUGGGUGUUUCACCUUGUGGGUUUGCUGUAUGAUACUUCUUAGAUAAUUUGCA